UAAACAUUUUUUAAAAAACUAUUUAUAGAAAUGAUGAAAUCUAUAACGUUUCUUUUUUUCCAUAUGAUUCAUAUAAUCAUCUUAUUACUAUAUACUAUUGUCGAAGAAUUAUAUUGAAUAAUUGAUUAUAUACUUUACAUUGUGUGGAGCGAGAAAAAAAAUAAGAUUAUCGUACAAGUAGAAAAAUAAUAAUUAUGUACGUUAUAUAUAUAGAGUUGUGUAUAAAAAAAGACCGAUAAUUUGAAUAACCGGCCGUGUGUAUAGUGAGAGCCGAAAAUAAAUUUUGAUGAUCUAAUGUAUUUUAUCGACAAAACGCAGUGCGGAAACAAGUCAUUCUUCAACGUGUCUGAUAGUUCAGUCGAUUUCCAGUGUUCAAAGCGAUAAAAGUAAUGAAAUCAUAGAGGAAGAGGGAAAAAAAUUUAAUCUACGCGUUUUAUUUGCGAAAAUCCUGAAAAAUGGAUCGUCCGGAGGAAGAAGAGAAUAGACUUAGUAAUUGGCCCUACAUGAGUUUAUCAUCACUUUCCACAUCGUUUUUAAUAAAAUUAGGAACUGUGGGAAUUAUUUGGGGCUGGGGUUACAUGAAUUUGAGUCUUGCUUGGCUCAUUGGACCAGUUGUAUUAUCCGUUUGGCGAACAGAACGAAAAAAGGAUCAUGAAUUAAAGAGACUUAUGGCUCAAGCAACUGCCCUCAGCAAAGAAAAGGACAUCAUUGCAAGUCGAAUGGAUGAACUUCCUUCUUGGGUUUAUUUUCCCGAUUUCGAUCGCGCCGAAUGGUUGAAUAAAAUUUUGUAUAAAGUUUGGCCAAGUAUCAAUCACUUUGUUCGUGAUUUAUUUAAAAGUACAAUUCAACCGGCAAUUGUUCAAAGUUUAUCUGAAUACAAAAUGAAGGGUUUUCAAUUUGAGAGAUUAGUUUUAGGACGUAUUCCACCAAAGAUUUAUGGCAUUAAGGCCUACGAUAAAAAUACAUCCAGACAUGAAGUUAUUUUCGACGUGGAUAUAUUGUAUGCAGGUGACUGUGAUAUCUCCUUUACAGUAGGCAAUUUUAAAGGAGGGAUAAAAGAUUUCCAGCUUCGAGGACUUAUGAGAGUUGUUUUAAAACCCUUGAUUCCUGUAAUGCCUUUAGUCGGAGGAGUUCAGGCUUUUUUUCUAAAUAAUCCAGCAAUUGAUUUUAAUUUGGUGGGAGCUGCGGAUAUUCUCGAUUUUCCAGGCUUCAACGAUCUUUUGAGAAAGAUAAUAACGCAACAAGUUGCUGCCCGUUUAGUUCUUCCCAACAAAAUAAUAAUUCCACUGUCCGAAGAUAUUCCAUCGGAAGUUUUAAAAAUGCCUGAACCGGAGGGUGUUUUGAGAAUUCAUGUGGUACAAGCAAAGCAUUUAAUGAAAAAAGACAUUGGUGUCUUGGGUAAAGGAAAAUCUGAUCCCUACGCAGUAAUCAGCGUUGGAGCACAAGAAUUUCGAACAAAAACAAUUGACAAUACUGUCGAUCCCAAAUGGGAUUAUUGGUGUGAGUGUGUCGUGACGUCGGCCAUCGCUCAGCAGAUGACAAUUCACGUGUGGGACCUCGACGACACAAAGAACGAUGAAAAUCUCGGAAGGGCCACCAUUGAAGUUAGUCGAGUGAAGAAGAAAGGAACUAUUGAUACCUGGAUUUCGUUGGAAUUGGCAAAACACGGAAUGGUUCAUCUGAGACUCACUUGGCUUCAACUUUCAAACAAAAUUUCUGAUCUUCCUGCUGCUUUGAAGGAGACUCAACAAUUGCGAGUGACGUCGAUGAGUACAGCAGUUCUUAUUCUUUACAUCGAUUCAGCGAAAAAUUUACCAUGUAUUAAGGGAAGUAAGCAACCGGAUGUUUAUCUUGAAGCGAACCUUGGUGGAAAAACUGAGAGAACUAUCACAAUUUUACGUUCUUGUGAUCCAGUUUGGGAGCAAGGUUUUACUUUUCUCGUCGCUAAUCCUGAAACUGGAACCAUGACCUUCAAGAUUACUGACGAAAAGAGUGGAAUGACAGUUGGAACAUUGAAUUUCAAUGUUUCGACAUUACUCGAAAAGGCCAAUUUUGAACUGAAACAAUCGCCGUUCGAUUUGGAACAAUCGGGAAGAGAGAGCAAAUUAGUUAUGUCGAUGAUAUUGAAGAUCUUGAAAUACGAACCGCCGAAAGCCUCUUCGGAUGAUGAGGAUGAUCCUGAGAAUAAUGAAUCUCAUUCGAAAAUGGAACGCCAGGGAUCAACUAUUAGCAAUCUCUCCAGUAGUGUUCCGCCAAGUCCAUUAAAGAAGCAAUUGUCGAAAGAAUCAUUGCAAAGUGCUGGCAGUAAUGCAUCGGCGAAUAGAGGAACAAAUAUUCCGACACUCGCCGAAGUUCCCCCGCCGGAAUAUCGUUUUCCUCCCAUCGAGGAACCCGCAGUUCGUGAAACAGCUCCGACUCAAACUUCCGCUAAUCCGAAUUUGGUACACAGACAUCCGAGUUUCACUUCUUCCACUGGCGAUUCAAAACUCGGAAGAAUACAACUCACUUUGCAAUACAGUGAACCACGUCAGAAACUUUUUAUUCACGUCCACAAAGUAGCGCACUUGCCUUUGCCACAAAAUGAUCCGCACAACAUUCCGGAUCCUUACGUAAAACUUUAUCUACUACCAGACAAGCAUAAGGAGACUAAACGAAAAACAAUUGUGAUAAAGGACAAUUGUAAUCCUGUUUUUGACGAGAAAUUCGAGUACAUUGUCUCACAGGGUGAUAUUAAUAGCAAGACACUCGAAAUUUCCGUUUGUACACAAAAGGCCUGGCUCUCAACGGGCAACAAUAUAAUGGGUCAAAUUCACAUUGAUCUAUCGCAAAUUGAUUUUUCUCAAUCUGUUACCUCUUGGUUUGAUUUACAGCCAGAAAUUAAAGACUAGACCUGGAGGCGUAGAAGAGGGAGAUUUUUUCUUUUAUAUGAAUUUUUUGGCAAGCGCAAACAACUGAAAUAACUGUUAAACUCUUUUUUUUAUUGUUAUUAUGAAUCUCAAUAUUUUACAUAUUUAAUUUAAGCUCGUGACGUUUUAAUACCAAAAAGGGAAAUUUCGCAACAAAAAAAAAGUGUAAAAACACUUUCUGUUUAGUUUAUAAGAUUAUGAAAAUUAUCAUAAACUGUCCAAUUUUUUAAUUUUAAAUAGAAAAAAAAAACUAUAUACGCUUUGCCAGAUAUUUGUAUUUAUAAAACGGCAACUAAAAACAGUGUGAUAUACCGGAAAGUUUUUUUUUUACUUUAAUCGCUUUUUGUACUUUUUAACAUAAUUUACUUAAAGGCACUAAGCACAGCAAUUUGUGAAAUAUUCUUUCUUCUAGCUUUAAUGAAACAAUUUUUAGAUUAUAAUAAUUUUCAUCAUCACAAUCUCACUCUCUACGCAAUUCACGUAUGAUAUAAAAAAAAAAUUCAAGCCUGAUAAUAAGGGGAACAGAACUUUCCGAGUACUUAAAAAGUAUUAAUAUAUAAUUAUAUAUUAUAAAUAUAUCUUAAAGUCCAAAAAAAAUGAAAUCUAAAAUUAAAAUAUUGUCUAUUCGUAAUCUUUACUAAACAUUUUUUAACUGAACUAUGUUUAUACACAAAUAAUUAGAGAUAUAAUAUAUAAUUUUAAUCAAAAAGCGUCUUUAGCUUGUUAAAAGAAAAAUUUAUAUACAUAUAUUAUAUACAUAAGUUGAUAAAAGUGAUUUAAAAGUGCGUUGUUAUAUUUAUACUCAUAUUUACAUUGUUCGAAGCAUAUUGCAUAAUUUACUGUUAAUUACUUUAAAAGAAAAUUAGAAAUAAAUUACGAAAACGAUUUUUGUAGUCUUGUAUACAUAAUUAAGGAUUAAUUAUAAUUUUCUUUGAAAAA